CGGAGCCGGACUGUGGGCUCAGCGGGGUCCGGGGGCUGGGGGCAGCGAGCAGGGCGGCCCCAUGGCCGGGCCCCCCUGAGGCAGUCCGGGGGAGUCCCCUCCCCUCCCCAGCUCGGGGGUCUCCGGGCCCCAUGAGCCGGGGCGCGGGCGCGCUUCAGCGCCGGACAACGACCUACCUCAUCUCGCUGACCCUGGUCAAGCUCGAGUCGGUUCCUCCGCCGCCGCCUUCUCCGUCUGCUAUCGCGGCCGGCGCCCCUGGGGCCAGAGGCUCCGAAACCGGGGAUCCUGGCAGCCCCCGAGGCGCGGAGGAGCCGGGCAAGAAGCGGCACGAGCGUCUUUUCCACCGACAGGAUGCGCUGUGGAUCAGUACUAGCAGCGCGGGAGCGGGGGGUGCGGAGCCCCCAGCCCUGUCCCCGGCUCCGGCCAGUCCGGCUCGCCCGGUCUCCCCCGCUCCGGGCCGCCGACUCUCCCUCUGGGCGGCCCCUCCGGGACCCCAGCUCUCCGGGGGACUGAGCCCCGACCCCAAACCCGGGGGCGCCCCCACCUCCUCCCGACGCCCUCUACUCAGCAGCCCGAGCUGGGGGGGCCCGGAACCCGAAGGUCGGCCAGUCGGCGGCGUCCCCGGUUCGUCCUCCCCUCAUCCUGGCACAGGCAGCCGGAGGCUCAAGGUGGCGCCUCCUCCGCCGGCUCCCAAGCCUUGCAAGACCGUGACCACGAGUGGAGCCAAAGCCGGCGGGGGCAAGGGCGCCGGUAGCCGCCUGUCAUGGCCCGAAAGCGAAGGCAAGCCCAGGGUCAAGGGGCCAAAGAGCAGCGCCGGGACUGGAGCUUCAGCCGCGGCCGCUGCUGCCACCGGCGGGGGAGGGGGCGCUGCAGCCGCGACCUCUGGUGGGGUCGUGGUUGGGGCUGGAGUCCGAGGGAAGCUGUCCCCUCGAAAAGGCAAGAGUAAGACCUUGGACAACAGUGACUUGCACCCAGGACCGCCUGCCGGCUCUCCUCCUCCUCUAACCAUCCCAGCAAUCCCGGCUUCUGGCGCUGCAGUUACCGCCACCUCCGCGCAGCCCCCCGGGCCAGCACCUCCAAUCACUCUGGAGCCUCCAGCUCCGGGGCUGAAACGGGGCCGGGAGGGGGGCCGAGCAUCCACUCGCGACCGCAAGAUGCUCAAGUUUAUCAGCGGUAUCUUCACCAAGAGUACAGGGGGGCCUCCUGGCUCAGGGCCCCUUCCAGGUCCCGUGGGCCUGUCUUCUGGCAGCGGGUCCAGGGAGCUGCUGGGUGCUGAUCUCCGCGCCUCCCCCAAGGCUGUGGUCAAUAGCCAGGAAUGGACUUUGAGCCGCUCCAUUCCUGAACUGCGCCUGGGUGUACUGGGUGAUGCCAGGAGUGGAAAGUCAUCGCUCAUCCACCGAUUCCUGACUGGUUCUUACCAGGUGCUGGAGAAGACUGAGAGUGAGCAGUACAAGAAAGAGAUGUUGGUGGAUGGACAGACUCAUCUGGUGCUGAUACGAGAGGAAGCUGGGGCACCUGAUGCCAAGUUCUCAGGCUGGGCAGACGCCGUGAUCUUCGUCUUCAGCCUGGAGGAUGAGAACAGUUUCCAAGCUGUGAGCCGUCUUCACGGGCAGCUGAGCUCCCUUCGGGGGGAGGGACGAGGAGGCCUGGCCCUGGCACUGGUGGGGACACAAGACAGGAUCAGUGCUUCCUCUCCUCGGGUGGUUGGUGAUGCUCGUGCCAGGGCUCUGUGUGCAGAAAUGAAACGCUGCAGCUACUAUGAGACUUGUGCAACCUAUGGGCUGAAUGUGGAUCGGGUCUUCCAGGAGGUGGCCCAGAAAGUGGUGACCUUGCGCAAACAGCAACAGCUUCUGGCUGCCUGCAAGUCCCUGCCCAGCUCCCCAAGUCACUCAGCUGCUUCCACCCCUGUAGCUGGGCAGGCUAGUAAUGGAGGCCACACUAGCGACUACUCUUCCUCUCUACCAUCCUCACCCAAUGUUGGUCACCGGGAGCUUCGAGCUGAGGCAGCUGCAGUGGCUGGAUUGAGCACUCCAGGGUCCUUGCACCGGGCAGCCAAGCGCAGGACCAGUCUUUUUGCGAAUCGUCGGGGUAGUGACUCUGAAAAGAGGAGCUUGGACAGUCGGGGAGAGACAACCGGAAGUGGACGAGCCAUCCCUAUCAAACAAAGCUUCCUACUAAAGCGAAGUGGCAAUUCCUUGAACAAAGAAUGGAAGAAGAAAUAUGUGACUCUGUCCAGUAAUGGCUUCCUACUCUACCACCCCAGCAUUAAUGAUUAUAUCCACAGUACCCAUGGCAAGGAGAUGGACUUGCUACGAACAACAGUCAAAGUCCCAGGAAAGCGGCCUCCAAGGGCCAUAUCUGCUUUUGGUCCCUCAGCCAGCAUCAACGGGCUGGUCAAAGACAUGAGCACUGUCCAGAUGGGUGAAGGCCCUGAAGCCACGACUCCCAUGCCCAGCCCCAGCCCCAGCCCCAGUUCCCUGCAGCCACCACCAGACCAGAGCACCAGGCACCUGCUGAAACCAGAUCGGAAUUUGGCCCGAGCCCUCAGCACUGACUGUACCCCAUCUGGAGACCUGAGCCCCCUGAGUCGGGAACCCCCUCCUUCUCCCAUGGUGAAGAAACAGAGGAGAAAAAAACUGACAACACCAUCCAAGACCGAAGGCUCGGCUGUGCAGGCUGAAGCCAAGCGCAAAAUGUGGAAACUAAAAUCCUUUGGUAGUUUAAGAAAUAUUUAUAAAGCAGAGGAAAACUUUGAGUUCCUGAUCGUAUCCAGCACUGGUCAGACGUGGCACUUUGAGGCAGCCAGCUUUGAGGAGAGGGACUCCUGGGUCCAGGCCAUCGAGAGUCAGAUUUUAGCCAGUCUGCAGUGCUGUGAGAGCAGCAAGGUCAAGCUGCGCACAGACAGCCAAAGUGAAGCCGUGGCCAUCCAGGCGAUCCGGAACGCCAAAGGAAACUCUAUCUGCGUCGACUGCGGGGCCCCCAACCCCACGUGGGCCAGCUUGAACCUGGGCGCACUCAUCUGUAUCGAGUGUUCUGGUAUCCACCGGAACCUGGGCACACACCUGUCUCGCGUGCGUUCGCUCGACUUGGAUGACUGGCCGCGGGAGCUGACCCUGGUGCUGACGGCUAUUGGCAACGACACGGCUAACAGCGUGUGGGAAAGCGACACUAGGGGCCGCGCCAAACCCACACGGGACUCUUCGCGGGAGGAGCGUGAGUCAUGGAUUCGCGCCAAAUAUGAGCAGCUGCUGUUCUUGGCGCCGCUGGGCACGACCGAGGAGCCGCUGGGCCGCCAGCUGUGGGCCGCUGUGCAGGCCCAGGACGUGGCCAAUGUUCUCCUGCUUCUGGCCCAUGCGCGACAUGGGCCGCUCAACACCAGCGUAGAGGACCCACAGCUCCGUUCCCCACUUCACCUGGCGGCCGAGCUUGCCCACGUCGUCAUCACGCAACUGCUACUGUGGUAUGGCGCGGACGUGGCGGCCCGCGACGCGCAGGGCCGCACGGCGCUGUUCUACGCCCGUCAGGCUGGAAGCCAGCUGUGUGCCGACAUCCUUCUGCAGCACGGGUGUCCAGGCGAGGGAGGCAGCACAGCCACCACGCCCAGCGCGGCCACCACGCCCAGCAUUACUGCCACGCCCAGCCCCCGCCGCCGGAGCAGCGCAGCCAGCGUGGGCCGUGCGGACGCCCCGCUCGCGCUGGUAUAGUUGCCCAACAGCGGGAGAGACACCCCUACCCCCAUGCGGGCCGGGCACGAACACACCGGGUGGACAGCUGGACAGAUGCACUCACUCACCUCUCCAAUCCGCACCCCACCCCACGGGAGCACUUCCUACCCUCACGAGGGCACCGCCCCCACGCCUCCCAGAAGACACAAACUCACCUCCCUCUCCCCAAUGAGGCAUGGAGACACCCCAGCUCAACACGCUCCCUCUCCACUGUUUCCACCCUCGGAUUGCUCUGGGUCUACCCGCUCGGUGUUUGCAGAAAGGGACGUCCCUGCCGCGGUACCGGUUCCAGGGCGCUUGGACAUGCCCGCCCGCGCCCUCUAGGGGCGGGAAAAAGACCCAGUCCUGCCUGCAUUCAACAAUCCACGGCAGCAGCCCAAACCCAGGCUGGCUCCUGGGGCGACGCCACGCCAGAGGGAGGGGUUAGUACGUGGAGCGCUAGCCCUGGGACUUGGGGCCGAUACCGGGGCCCCCGACCCUUCAAUGCUGAUCUCACUGCCCAGUAAAUGGGGGAAGGGCAGCGAGGGGCAGGACCCCUGCUGCCUGUGGAGGUGGAGGGGUCCCCAACCCUUUCCGUGAAAGGGACCAUGAGGAAAUAAGGAUGUUCCCCUACACCUACCCAUGGGUAAAAGUAAAAGGCCAGGGGGAGCCAA